ACAUCACGAGCCUCCAGUGGGCAGUCCUUCGGCCUUGGGUGGAGGCCAAGCCUGGCUCAUAAAUAGGGGUCUCCACAGUGCCCUCUGCUCCUUCUAGUCAGUCUUCCUUGCUUUGUCUGCAUUGCUGGCCUCAGGCCCAGACACCUGCUCUGAGCAAAUGGCCGUUCUCGGAGUGCUGUGGACUGGGCUGGUCCUCCUGGGUCUCUUGGGAUUCCCGCAGACCCCAGCCCAGGACCACGACACGGUGCAGCCCAACUUUCAACAAGACAAGUUCCUGGGACGCUGGUACAGUGCGGGCCUCGCCUCCGAUUCAAGCUGGUUCCGGGAGAAGAAAGCCGUACUGUACAUGUGCAAGACAGUGGUAGCCCCCUCCACAGAGGGCGGCCUCAACCUCACCUCUACCUUCCUCAGGAGAAACCAGUGUGAAACCAAGACCAUGGUACUGCAGCCUGUGGGGGUUCCCGGACACUACACCUACAGCAGCCCCCACUUGGGCAGCGUCCACUCCCUCUCAGUGGUGGAGACCAACUACGACGAGUAUGCUCUGCUGUUCAGCAGAGGCACCAAGGGCCCAGGCCAGGACUUCCGCAUGGCCACCCUCUACAGUAGAACCCAGGCUCUGAAGGACAACUUGAAGGAGAAAUUCACCACCUUUAGCAAGGCCCAGGGCCUCACAGAGGAGGACAUUGUUUUCCUGCCCCAGCCGGAUAAGUGCAUUCAAGAGUAAACACAGGUGAGAGAAGUCAGUCAGAGGGCUGGAGUCGCAUGGUGAUCUGGCCUCCGGACACCUUUGCUCUGUCACUCUCAAGAAGCCAGCCCUGGCUCCCCAAAGCGCCUCUCCACUCCCCAGCUUUACCUUGACAAAGAAAUAAAAGUCCAA